AUGGAAUAUUUUCUAAUUUCUAUUGGCGAGAAAGACGAAGACUUAAAGCUCGAUAGCGUUCCUGAAGAGAUUAGUGUGCGUAUAAAUUCUUUUGCAGACUACCUGCGCAAUAAAGAUAUACAAGUUGCUUCAAUUACUUGUGCCGGAUACCCAUUGGCUAUCAGUGUCGCCUCUUUCUGCAGCAGUGAAUUUUCUGUGCGCUAUACAGUGGAUCAUAGGUUUGCUAACUAUCAAAGUAAAGUGGCUUAUGGGCACUCUCAGCAUCCGGUCUCUGAUCCAUGUUAUGAAAAUGUCUACCCACUGGCUUCCGACCCUAGAAAUGAAACCAAAGAAUUGUUCGAUAUUAGAAUCCAAGAAGCUACCAAUGAUGCCAUACCUAGAGGACUUUAUAUCCUGCCUUCAAGCACAGCCCGGUAUUUCAGCAGAAAAUAUAAUUUCGAAAUGACCUCUGAGCAAGGAAUUUGGCAUUUUUAUUAUAGAGAUGACCCAGCAUCAGAAAAUUUGUUUGAAAUUAAAUUCCCAAGGCUCCAAGAAUCAUAUGAAGUCCCUCAAAGUGCUUUGCAUCAUAAAAUCCAGAACUUUUUAGAAGAAUCAGCUAGGGGAGCUUUAAAUUCACUCAAAAGCUCAGACCAGGCAUUCAAAGCAAGCAUUGAUAGUCUUUAUGGUCAAGUCCGCAACACUUCUAAAACCAUUAACCAGCUGCAAAAACUUUUCAGCAGCGAAAGAAGUGAUGAGGGAGAUAUGGAAGCUGAAGGAGAUGGAUCAGCUGUAAUCGGAACAAUUAAUAGAGACCUCGACGAAAUAUCUAGAAUGGUCCAAGAAAUGAAUUCAGGAUUAAGUGAGGUGAUUGAGCCUGAAUAUACAGAAAUCCCAGAAAAAAUCCAAGAAGGACCUAAAGGCAGCAAAAAGCCUAACUCCCCCCCUUUAAAUUGAAACAAAAUAUAGGUAAAAUUUCCACGUUUUUGGUAAAUUAACCCCCUUUAAAUUGGAACAAAAUUUAAUUUUAUAAUAAAAACUAUAUAUAUAAUUUUUAUCUAAAAAGUUUUGAUAUAAGUUAAAUGUUUCUUCUUAACUAAAAUUAAAAAUUUAGUUAUAUCUUGCUCUUUUUAAAGAAGAGAGUAUAAAGAGCAUCUUAUUUAAAUAAAUUUAUUAUCCUUAAUUGCUAAAUUUUAAAAAAAAUUAAAUUUUUUUUUUUUAAAUUUUUCAAAAAAAUUUUUAUUUAUUUUGAUGAAAAUGAUAUUUUUUAUUUAAAUAGUUUUGAUAUAAAUUCAACACGAAUUCUUUAUAAAAUUUCAAAAUUUUACUUAUUUCUUGCUUUAUUUUAAAGAAUAGAGUAUAAAUAACAUCUUAUUUAAACAAAAAUUAGCACUUUGAUCGAUAAAUUUUCUAAAAUUUUUUUUUUUUAAUAUUUUUUUAUCAAUAAAAAUAAUAAUUUUUGUGUAAAUAAUUUUGAAACCAAUUAAUAGUGGCGGAUUAACUAAUAAUGAAAAUUUAGUUAUAUCUUGCUUUGUUGCAUUUUAUUAAACAAAAUUUAUUGAUCUAAUUUGAUAAUAUUUUUUUUUUUAAAAUUUUUAUAUAAAUUUUUUUUAUAAAAAAUUUUAUAUUGAUAUUUUUUUUAAAAAUAAAAAAUUAACCCCCUUUAAAUUGGAACAAAAUUUUUUGUUCCAAUUUAAAGGGGGGGGGAGUAAAGAACUCGAAAUCAAAUCAGUAGUCCCAGAAGAAGGCUCAAUUUAUGCUAUUACAAUUACAAGCCAUUCAUCAAAUGUUGAAGAGGACAUUGACUUGUACUUUGAGGGUCAUUCAUCUCCUACCCUUCUUCUGAGAAGAAUAAAAUCCAUUAAACCACAUACCUCAAUUGAAAUCAAAGUUCUGGUUCCUUUGAAUACUUUAUUAUCUGCCUGCUCGUUUUGGUUUGUGACCAAAAUUGGAGAAGAAGAAUGCAGCGAAACUUUUAAAUAUGGAAUCUUCAAAAUUAACGUAUGUAAAAAGGAAACGGAGGAGUAUAGAGUUGACGUGAAGAAUAACACCUCAAUGACCUUGACGGCUGAUUUAGUUUACGGCUCGAGACCUGAUCAAAAGAAGACGAUUACUAUUAAAAGCAUGGGAACCCGUGAAGUGUGCAUUUCAAAUCUAGACGCUGGGGAUGGCGGCUCUGGUGAGAAGAAAUUCCUAAUGAAAUACAAUGAACUUGAGGCAAGCAACCAUAUUCAAUUAGUUUAA